AUCGUCGCCGUCCAUGGACUGGGAGGAAACUGGCUCAGGACAUGGGAGUCAGAGAAAGAUAAUUGGAACUGGGUUGAGUCGUCCAUAGGUCCUGGACUGCUUGAAGAGGCCGGCAUUGUUGCCAGAAUAUUGUCGUUUGGCUACAACUCUAACAUUUUCGCUACCCAAUCGGUCAACGACAUUCAACAAGUCGCAGAGAUACUAAUCGAGGGCAUAUACAACGCCGUACGGAAGAUGGACAACCAAUCGCCGACAAUAGUAUUCAUAGCGCACAGCCUUGGGGGUCUGGUGGUGAAGAAGGCAUUAAAUAUUGCCUGGAAUAACAGUGAUCGGUACGGCAGACUGCUCGACCAAAUCAAAGGGUGUCUUUUCCUGGGCGUUCCUCAUAGAGGCGCAGACCUGGCAUCCUGGGCAAAGCUGCCAGUUCGCACCUUUCAGCUCCUGUCGGGAGGGUCGUUGGGAAACAAUAAUUUUUUGGACAGUCUUCAGCGCAAUUCAACAGUCUGGAUGGAUAUAUCUCGAGACUUCGUACACCGGGCAAAGCAUCUGCAGAUCAGAACGUUCCAUGAAACUGAAAAGUUCAUGAACCAAAUCAUUGUUGACCGGGAUUCUGCCGCCAUGAAUCUACCGAACGAACUCGUUCUGCCUCUUGAUAGCUCUGAUCACCGAACAAUCUGCAAGUUCUCGCAAGAUGAAGAAGAAAGGUACAUGCCUGUAUGGGACGCUUUGAUGGAGUUAGUCUCUUUUGGGCAAUCGAGUACGUGA